AUGCUAACCGUAUUCUACUCUCUCCUCACCACUCCAUUCCAGUUCUAUCCUGCACAAGUCCGUUGUUCCAUUGGAUUACUUCAUCAUCUGAAUAUCAGUUCUCAGUAUCAAAUGUGUAUUGUCCAUUUUGUAUAUAGUGGAAUCGCUACUUCAGUGAUAGCUCUAUUUGAGAAUCGACAUAAACAUUUGGUUCCUUCCACUGAUAUCUUCUAUCGAAUCAAUAAUUUCCAUCGGAUUCUGAUUGGAAUUCUGAAUUUCUCUGCUGGUCUAACCAACUCGAUGCCAGUGUUAAUGCAAGAUGAAUCUCAAGAACUUCUGAAAUUGAAAUAUCUCGAAGUUCUUCCGUGUCCAAUCAAUUUAUAUUUCGAUUCUUGCUCAUUUGCAGUUGUCAAAAAAGCAGAUAUUUGGAGCACUUUGGCAUAUUCAUCCAAUAUACUCAUAGCUAUUGAAAUCAUUUUUCUCGUUGUUCACAGUUAUAUGUAUCUACGGAAAAGUCAAUUGAUCACUACGUUUUCUGCCAGGACCAAACAACUACAAAAGGCUUUCUUCAAGGCUGCAAUUGCUCAAGCAUCUGCUCCCAUUUUUGUGCUACUUCUCCUCACCAUCUGCUAUACUCUCCUCACCACUCCUUAUUAUUUUUUCCCUGUCCAAGUCCGUUAUUCCCUUGGUCUGUUCCGUUUCAUUUCCAUGAAAAACCAGCAUCAACACUACAUUGUCAGUUGUAUUUACGGAGGAAUUCUGGUGUCUGUUCUGAUGAUGUUCGAGAAUAGACAUCGACAGUUGGUGCCUCCCAAUGAUUUAUUUUAUAAACUCAGAAAUUCUCAUAGAGUAUUUCUUGUUAUUCUGAAUUUCUGUUGUGGAAGUGCCGGUUCUCUACCGAUAUUCAUGGAGGAUCUAUCGAAUCAGGAACAGAUGAAACUGAAAUAUCUUGAAGAGAUACCAUGUCCCACUGAAAUUUAUUUUGAUCCGCAUGCAUUUGCUCUCGGAAAUUCCACAAAUAUCUACACCGCCAUCGCUUUAAUUUUCAAUUUGAUCGGUGCUGCCCAGCUGUUUUUCUUCAUUAUCCAUAGUACAAUGUACCUCCGAAAGAUUCAAUUAAUUCAAACGUUUUCAAUUCGAACGAAGAGAAUUCAGAAGUCAUUUUUCAAGUCAGCGUUGGCUCAGGUGGCUUCUCCGAUUUCUGUGCUAUUGGUUCCUUUGAUGUUGCUUACUUAUGAAACCUCAGAGAAAAUCUGGGAUGAUUUGGUUUUCGUGGCAACUGGAGAGACUGAUAGACACAAGAGACAUGCAUACCUAACAAGAGCACCAGUGUUGCCUGUAACAGGUGGAUCAUACAAUGGAAGAACAGUCAAUAGAGGAUGUAAUUGUAGAGGACCACCAGGACAACCUGGAUUUGAUGGGGAGGAUGGAUAUGAUGGUGAGCCUGGAGUUCCUGGCCAAUCUGGAGAUGACGAUGUCUCUGUCCUCCGUCACGACCCGGGACGUUGUGCUCAGUGCCCAGCAGGACCAAUGGGUCCACCAGGACCACGUGGAGAUUUUGGACCACCUGGCAGAACAGGAGCCCCAGGAAUCAAUGGAAUACCCGGAAGACCCGGACAACCAGGAUAUCCAGGAGAACCAGGACUACCAGGACCUGUUGGAGAACCGGGGACCGAUGGAAAACCAGGAAAUCGGGGAAAAGAUGGAGUCAGAGUACGAAGAAUUCCUGGACCACCGGGACCACCGGGAGCUGAAGGAGAUAUUGGAGUGCCCGGUGGACAGGGAUCACCUGGAUUGGCUGGAGGACCUGGAGAUUCAGGAGCACCGGGACCGCAGGGACCACAAGGACAAAAGGGAAUCGAUGGGGUUCCGGGAGGAUUCGGACAACCGGGACCGCAAGGAGUUGAUGGAGAAUAUUGUCCAUGUCCGAAGCAGAUCAAGAAGAGUAAAUAA